GAGAAAACGGCUUCCAUACUGUGCCGACGAUCACCGAAAGAGGAAAGACCAGAAAAGGAAAAAUAAAGAUAAAAUGGGUACCGGCAUUGUCCACAUGGAGUCCCAACUUGAUGGGAAGAAGAAACCUCCCUUCAAAAGAAACUAUUUGGCAUGCUUGAACUGCCGUACAAGGAAGGUGAAGUGUGAUCUAGGAAGUGUUGAAAACCCCCACGACCCACCGUGUGCUAGAUGCAAACGAGAACGAAAAGAGUGUGUCUUCAUAGAGUCCAAGAGAGGAUCCAGCAAGAUCAAAGCUCACAACUCCUACACUCCGCAGCAAUCGUCAAUAUACAACAAGUCAUCUUCCACAGCCCAGGAUAUAUCCAUCAACCCAAUUCUGCCGCUUCCGUCGCCCUAUUUCCACUCGAAAUCUAUACCCCUUCUAGAUUCAAACAAGAGUCCCAUGACAGAUUACCCAAAAUCACCGUCCUUAUCUCAGUCUUCGACUCCUUCGUCGAUGAACCCCAACCCGCUGCUAUUGAACAAAACCCUCUCAACCUCUUUUCAUAACAGGAAACCAACAUCUUUGACUUCUCGUAAUAGCGUAAACUUCUCUGAUUCUCAAAAUGAGAAAGAGGAUGCGAAUGACUCGACAUAUGAUCACGAGAAGACCGCAUUGAAAAGCGAAAGACUAUCCUCAAAACCUUCUGACUCCAAUCUUCCUUCGAUAACCUCUUCGAUACAAAGCCUUACAAACAAUGCAACCAUGAUCUACUUGGCACAUGUUGCAGGUAAAGUCGCCCAUGCUGAUAGUAGAGAUCAUAUCGACGGUGCAGAAAGAUUAUCUCAGUUGGAAAGAUCGGUUCCUAUACCCAGAUCGUUGUCCAGCAGUAACACAAAUAACUUAGAUGACUCAAGAAGGGGGUCAUACUUUGAUCAGUCAUCUGAUUCGAAAAACUCGCCCUCUCAUAUAGGAGAUACCGAACCAAUUUUAGAUAGUUUUGGACAUGACAAUUCAUUAUACCCUGUUUUACGUGAAGAUAGAUUGACUGUACCACCCCUAACAACUUCCCAAAGCAUGAGACAAAGGCCAUCAGGGGCUUUGGCAGACAUUGAGUACAUAGCGUCUUCUAGCGAUCUCAAAGAUGCCCACUCUCAAUUUAUACUAACAGAAAUAGAAGCCAAAAGACUAAUCAAAAUAUUUUUUGUUACAAUGCAUCCGUUUUACCCCUACAUACCUAAAAUGCUACGAGAUCCUGAUACAUUAGCAGGUUACCCAAUGCUACUAUGCGCUCUACUGGCUAUUAGUUCUCGAUAUAAUCCUCUUCCAGACAAAAUGGGUGCUUGGGAUGACAUUUCCGAUGAUGAUACUACAAAGAGAAAGCUUGAACGUGGCGAAAAGGAUAUACAUGUCAACUCAAGUAAUGGUGAAAGACAUUUGGCCGUUCAUGAACAGCUUUGGAUUUAUUGCCAACGAUUAAUGAGUAUGACGGUGUGGGGAGAGUCUUCUAGCAGAAGUGUUGGUACUUUGCUAACUUUUCUGAUGUUUACCGAAUGGAAUCCUCGUGCAAUUCAUUUCAGGUGGGGUGAUUAUGCCAAUAGUGCACAAGAUGACUCUUUAGCAAACAAAAAAUUUGACCGGAGUAAAAAUAAAAAUGUGGGAAUAAACUCAAAUGGUAAAACUAAAAAUAAGGCAAAUGGCCGUAGUGAUAGUAAUUCCAUUAAGACCGAAGAUGACAAUGACAACGAUGAAGAGUUCGCAGGAUUGAGUGCGAUGAAGCGUAGUGAAAUAAUGUCUUUUAUGUUGAUUGGAACAGCAACAAGAUUGUCGUUUCUACUUGAUACAGAUCCUUUGAUUUUCAUUGCUACCCAUGUCUCUGAAACACAUAUUGCUGUUGGUUUGAAUAAGAAAUCAAUGCUACAACAGACAUUAAGUGAGGUCGAUGUUAAUGAUCCAGCAUAUCAAUUUUCCCACUAUCAAAAGGCAAACCUAGAACUCUUACAAUUCUUUUCACUGUGUUAUGAAACACUUUACGGUACUAGGCCAAAAUUCAUUAGCUUGGACAAGUAUCAAACGUUGGCGAUCCUAGACAUUCUAUCUCCAAUAUUGGAAAAUUGGUAUAGGAAGUAUUAUAAACUUUUGAAACCUUCCAACAUACACUGUGCACCAUUGGCUGCAUGCAAUGAUGAUGGGUCACCCGAUUGGCUCUACUUGAUUACGCUAAAUUCUAAGCUUGAACGUGAUUUGACCAUUAGCAUCGAGCGAGAAUCCCUUAUCUUGGAUUAUUAUUACACCAAAUUAUAUCUUUAUUCAUUGGCACUUUCGGGUGAUACUUCGGUUAAUGCAAAUUUACGAAACUCUAAGAAAGGUAGGAACUUGCGACUCGAUGAACUAGCAAGGUAUUCGAGAUAUGUUGAGUUAGCAUAUAAAGCGGCCAAGGAGGUUCUAGCAGUUAUCCAAAGAGUUAGGAAACUGAGACUAUUAAAAUAUAUGCCUGUUCGUUGGGUUACCAGAGUUAUAAAAAGUGUCUCAUUUAUUGUGAAGUGCUACUUAACACUAACUACAGAUAUUCAUACCAACACCUCCUUUGACUCCGGCACCACACACGCUGAUCAAAAACUUCCACAUCGUGAUAUCACACCAUUCGCCUCUGGCAAGAACGAUGAAGAUAUGGAUUUUUAUGGUUCUGGUGAGAAGGAAGAAAACACCAACGGAGAAAUUCUCAAAUUAAGUGUAAUUCCCCUUGAAGAAAUUAUUACUUUACUACAAAAGACAGCCAUUUGUUUGAGGUAUGCAGCUCCGGAUGAGCUUCAUUUGUGUACGAGAUAUUCCACUAUUCUCAUGUAUCUCUGCUCUCAGUUCAAGACCCAAAUGCGAGAAAGAAACGAGAAUAGAUCCAGUGUCCGAGAAUAUGAAAAAGAUACAGAGCUCGAUGUUGGUCCUAUAGAGGAAGAGAAUGAAAAUGAAAAUGAAAUUGAAAAUCAAAAUGAAAACCAACAUGACAAUACUAACGGAAAUAGCAACGAUAAUAUGAACGCAAAUGGAAACACCCAAGCUCAAAAUGGGACAGUUCCGGAAAUAAAAAAGCAAACUCUUUAUGUACCGCAAGCAUCUCAACAAGAAUUCCAACAGGAGUCGGUAGAUAAUAUGCACAAUUCUUAUUUGCAUAACCCUGAUAUCCAGAGCAAUCAAAUCUUCAACUCGUCGAUGUACCCAGGUAAUAAUAGAAGACCUAGCAUCAUGUCCUCCAAUUUUGGAAAUACGAACAAUACCGGAAACCCAUAUCAACCCAUGGACUAUGGUCUCGAAAACAUCAACUUCAGCAGUGCUAACCAACAAUUAUUUGAUGAUUUCUUCAACAAAAAUCCCAGUGAGAAGCUUUUUAACUUCUUCUCGACGAAUGAUAACAAUCCAGGUUUGGAUUUUGUGGAUCAGUUUACAAAAGAAAUCGAAAAAGACUUUUUAAGUAAAGGUGGUAAGCACUAAACCCCACAUUUUCAGGAUUGAAGAUGAUGGUAUUGCAAUGAGAUGUUUUAUUUAUCUAAUGUUAUUUAACUUUUACAUAAGUACAGAUCAGCUGAAUACUUUUUUAAACAGUUUUUUUACUGUUCCUUUUCUGGCAAGGGAAGAUUUUUUCUUUGUUGUUUUUGCAGUCAUAGUAGCAGCAGCAGCAUUGACAGCUCCGUCUGAAAUACUUUGGCCGCUUGGCUCAUCAUUAUGAACAGUUUUUCCUGUAUUGACUGUCCCCACACUUUUAUGGCUUUGUGUGAGUUUAACAUCGAGCAAAUUACUUUUUUGCUCACGAUGACUGAUGGAUGUGUACAACCCAGCCCUAGAGCCAAUGGCUGCUUCGUUAGAAGCAAUUCCACUGCUCACUUUCAAAAAUUGUCUCUUUCUAGCAAAGUCCACG